GUAGGACAGUAUAUAUAGUUAUGCACUUAGAAUUCAUAUAUACACGCACAGACGAUUUCUCUCCCGCUUAGAUUGGUCUUCUCCUUCUCUAUAAUACGAGAACUGGUGGUUCGAUCGGCUCUUGGCCUCGUUCAAUUGCGGGGUUUAUUAUUUCUCGAUUCUCUUCGGGAAUUGAUGCAACGGGAAAUAUUUAAUCAGCAGAAUUCAAGUGAAUCGCCUACUAAAGAAACUUCUGCCUCAGCUUCCCUAAGGAGACUGAGAGGCCAAAUGUUUAGUCCCGGUAAUAAUUUAAGCCGGGGAAGCUCGAUGCCGUUGUCGGAUAUACCGCCGUUGCCCCAGUUCUUACGUUUGGAACCAAUUACAUCAACUAAUCAGAAAUAUACCCGUUCUGGCGAGCUGAGGAGGGUUUUGGGAGUUCCUCAUGGAACUACAUCUGAGGACCAUUCUUUUGGAGUUGCUCAGCUUAAACCUCCGCCUCCAGUGGCAACUGAGGAGUUAAAGCACUUUAAAGAAAGCAUACAAGAUGCUUCGAGACAGGCCAGGGAUCGGGCCAAAAUGUUGCGUGAAUCUAUAUUCAAAUUGGAGAAGUAUAAGGAGGCCUUAAGCACAAGGAAGCGGCAGAGAAGCGAUCUUUCAUUUGAUGAGAGGUUAGUCGGAUCAAAGCUAGCAAAUGUGGGAAACCAGAAUCAAAGAAGCUUUCAUGACCUUACUCCUCAAAGAUUGGAGGACAAAGCAAGGAAUAUUGGGCUAAACAAACGUGUUCGUACACCAGUAAUAGAUGUGUGGACAGACAGUAGGUCCAUUGCUACCUUGCGGCAGCAAGCAGUUACAGAAAGAAGCAGUGAUGCACUCCAAGAUGUUGGCAAUGGCUCUGUUCGACUUGAAGAAAAGAUCCGCAAACUGCCUGCUGGAAGUGAAGUAUGGGAUGCUAAAAUGAAGAAGAAACGGUCUGUUGCAGUGGUACCUAAUAGAGCUUUGAAUGCUGACCGAGAUAUUAAACGAGCUACAGAUCCUAAGCUGAGUGCUGACUCUAAACUGCGAUCUUGUGAUAUGCAAGGUUUCAGAUUAAAAUCUUCUCAGGGAGUUAGUGGAUUAAACAAAUCGGAUGGUGCUUUUGAGACUGCUAGUACAGAUUCUGGUAUAUUGCCCAAGAUUGAAAUUGAAAGUGUCCCUGCUCGCAAGGACCAUUCUGCUAUGUUAGAGAAGAGGGUAGUGGCAAAAGCAAGCAAUAAGCCAAAUAGCUAUGAGAUCAAUUCAGCAAGCAGUCCUAAUUCAGUUGUGAAAGGGAAGAUUUCUAGGGCACCUCGAACUAGCUCCAUCAUGUCGCUAGACUCGUCUAUGAAAAUUCAACCAUCAUCUGGAGGUUUUCAAGGUUCGUCUCCACACACCAUAGCUCAAUGGGGUGGUCAAAGACCGCAUAAAAACUCGAGAACAAGGAGAUUAAAUUUAGUUUCUCCUGUUUCAAGUAAUGUUGAAUCUCAGUUUCAGGGCUUUCCAUCUUCUGAAUUUAGUUCUAGAACUUCGCCUGUUGGGAUCGGUGGAUCACUGCUUGCAAGCACUAUGGACAAUAAUAGCCUAAAGAUUAAGGUGGAAAUUGAAAAUGUCUCGUCUCCAUUUGGGCUAUCUGAAAGUGAAGAAUCAGUAGCUGGAGAAAGCAAAGCAAAGGAGAAAGGAAAUGAUAGCAGGGAGGUUGCCCUUACCAAUACUCAGAAAGUCGGGGCUUAUAUGUUGUCUGGUAAGAAGAAUAAAGUUCCUAAUGAAAUUGGAGAUGGUGUGCGGAGACAAGGGAGAAGUGGAAGAGGUUUGUCCUCGCCAUCCAUUCAACUUGAGAGGGAGAAAUUAGAGAAUCUACCAACAACAAAUCCCCUUCAGAUCAUGAGGCCUACAUCUGAUAAGAGUAAAACUAAAUCAGGUCGUCCACCCACAAAAAAGUUGAAACACCACAAGGCUGUAACUCAUGUUGGCCAAAAGCAAGAUGGUGGCUCUUUAGAUUUUGCAGCAUGUAGUGCAUCACUUGCAGGCGAAUCUGAAGAUGAUCGUGAAGAUCUAUUUGUGGCAGCCAGUUCUGCGCGUAAUUUUUGCAAUAUUUCUUGUUCUGGUCCUUUCUGGAAGAAAAUGGAAUCUCUUUUUGCUUCUAUCAGCCCAGAGGACAUGUCCUACUUGAAACAACAGCUACAUUUUGCUGAGCAGCUUGAUAUGUGUUUGUCUCCGAUUUGUGGUGGCGAAUUCGACUUUUUGGGUGGUGUUGCACAGAAAGAAGUUCCAAAUUUUACUGGAGAAAGAUCAGUCGGCCUUUACAGUGAAGGAUUGGCUAACAAAGGUUCCCUGUGUGGAAGCGUUGAUGCAGGAAGGUUUAACAAGGGUACUCCACUUUACCAACUAGUUCUCUCUGCUCUGAUUGAAGAAGAUGAAAGUGAAGAAGUUUAUUUCCAAAGUGAAGGGAAGAAUGCGGCUUUUCACUAUGCCAGUGAUGAUUCUCAUUGUGGUUCAUGUAACCAGAUAGAUAUGGAACCCAAAGAUAGGGAGAGAGUGGAUUAUGAAACUGAGUCAAAAGUGGAUUUUCAGGCACAGAGGAAUUCUCGUUUGGACAGAUUUUCUUGUGUUAGGAGUGCUUCAUCUAGCACUCUUAGGAACCCAAGCACGUCUAAUUCUCUAAUUAGCAAUGGGAGAUGGCUAGGAGACGAUGAUUAUUCGCAUUUAGAUGUGGGCCAUGUAAGCGAAAUAUGUUCAGAUGAUGUGGGUCUUCUGCAGCUGAGGGAAGUUAAUACUCCUCAUCUUUCUUCCUCUGAUUGUCAGUAUCAGCUGAUGAGUCUGGAUGACAGGCUUCAACUGGAGUUACAGAGUAUUGGAUUAUGUCCAGAGCCUUUGCCUGAUCUAGCAGAGGGAGAGGACAUGAUUGAUCAAAAUAUUAUGCAACUCAAUGAAGGGCUAUACCACCAGGUCGGGAUUAAGAAAAAGAAUUUGGGGGAAGUAAUCAAAGCUAUUCAGAGAGAAAGAGAUUUAGAAACAAGGAACAUUCAACAGGUUGCAAUGGAUCAACUUCUUGAAAUGGCAUAUAGGAGACGAAUGGCUUGUCGUGGGAGUAAUGCCUCAAGAAAUGGAGUCCGUAAGGUUACGAGACAAGUUGCAUUGGCUUUUGUCAAGCGUGUUCUUGCAAGAUGUAGAAAAUUUGAAGAUACAGGCAUUAGUUGCUUUAGUGAGCCUGGGCUGCACAAUGUCAUCUCUGCUCCUCUGUGCAACGAUGAUGCCAAAUCUGUUGAGUAUGGUUCUGGGACUGCUAGUAACAUAUGCAAUGAAGUUUCUGACCAUUAUGCUGAAGCCAGAGGGCCAGGUUCUUCAGAUGCUUUCCAUAGUGUUGAACCCACGUCCGUACAAGCUUCGUCCAAAACAUCUGUAUUGAACAGGGGGAGGAAGAGAGAAGUGCUGAUUGAUGAUGUUGUUGGCAGUGCAUCCUCGAGAGUGGCAUCAACUUUUGAAGGCAGUCCUGUAGGUGGUAUAAAGGCGAGGAGAAAUGAGAGAGAUAAUUUAAGCAGUUCUGUCUCGGGAGCGGAUGGCUUGUCAUUGAAUGGCUCCAGAAGUGAAAACAGACCGAAGUCAAAGCCCAGACAACAGAGACACAAUGUGUCUACUGCUGGAAAUAAGCCUGGAGAAGCAGCACAACGUGCUUUGCCAUCAACAGGUCGUGUGUCGAGUCAAUCAAUGGCUAAUGCUAGCGAUAGAACUGGAGAUGGGUCACUAUCUUCGUGUAGCAUUCCCCAGGAUUCAUGUAAGGAAUCAAUGAACCCCAUUGAUUUUGUAAACCUGGAUGGAUUAGAUUCAGUUGAGGCUUUGGGUUCAUGGUUGAACUUCGACGAGGAUGGUCUGCAAGACCAUGAUUCCGUAGGUCUCGAAAUCCCUAUGGACGACCUAUCAGAGUUAAAUAUGAUCAUGUGAAGAGAUUGGCCAAUCGUCCGUUCUGGUGAUAAUUGAAGAACCAUAGCAAAUCGGAGUAGACUCUAGUCUAUCAGAGGCAUGAUGCAAAUACCAAAUUGUAAUUAUAGUUCAAAAUCUGUAACUCGAGCGAAAUCAUUGAAACUUCCUGUUGGUAGCAUGAAAGGUUUCCAGGUCUACCAGAGGGGAGUCUUAGCUGCUUUUAUUUACUAGCUCUGUUUUGUAGGUAAAAAAAUGUGUGGAAACACGUAAGAGAACGCUAGGCUUGUGUUUUGGGCUGGACUUCAAGAUUACGAUUUGGGCUGGGCUCAAUAUGGGCUGCUGGUCUGGAUGAUGUUGGGCGAUAUGGCCCACUAACUCCAUUGAUGUGUGUUUAAUGAUAUGAGCCUCUGCAAUUUGU